GCUAGAAUUAAAAUACGAUCAGUUGGGUGAAUCGUUUGAUGAGUUUCGGUUCGAUUGUGAGAGUUAAUAAGCGUAAAGAAAAAUGUAUUGAAUCCUCAACCGGUAAAACAACAAAAAAACAAAAACAAAACAAGAGCAUAGCCAAAAACAAAUAAAAAACAAUUAAUACUACAUACUAAAGAAAAUAUAAACAGAACUAGUCAAAACAAGUCCAAAUUUUAUUUUAGUAGUUUAUAAACAUUGUGAGAGUUGGAGCUGUGCAUACGGGUUUUUUUAAUACAAGUUUAAUUCCUUAUUCGUGAAAUUUAAAAAAGUGAUGAGAAUUUUAAAUAAUUUAACAUUGGCACUUUUGGCCAUUGUUAUACACACAUCAUGGGCCGGUGAUAUUAAGACAACAGAAAAUUUACUCAGGGAUAUGCUACAAAACAAUGAUCAACGUUGGAAAUUCCCAGUAGCAGCGGGUGUGAGUCAUUUAAAUCCUUCUUUAUGGAAAUCACGAUCUUCAAAACAAGUCGAUGAGAGAAUUUCUGAUAUUAUUGCCGAGAAUGUUUUACAUUUUGGCCAUAAUUUAGCUUUAGAAUUAGCUGCUUUAGAUCCUCACGCUGAGAGAAGUGAAAUAUUCUCACCUCUUAGUAUAAUGGCGGCAUUAUCUAUGUUAACAUUGGGUGCUAAGGGCAGAAGUUAUCAGGAAUUGAAACAGUUACUUGGCCUUGAUUCUGAUAGUGAACUUGUUGAAAAUCCCAGCAAAUACCAUGAAGAAUUCGGUUUAAUGUUAAAUGACUUGCAGCAUGCAAAUGUGAAUGCAGGCGGUCUUAAUAAACGAUCAAACGCUAAUUGGCGUUUUACUACAUUAAAAACGGCACCGGUACGUUCGACAAGUCGUACGAAAACUCCAGUGGAACAUAUUAUCAAUGUGGCAAAUGGUUUAUUUGUGCAAAGUGGUUAUACGUUAAAUCCAGAUUAUAGACAAGUACUCAAGUCCAUUUAUGAAACGGAAUUACAACAAUUGGAUUUCCAAACGAAAAACCUAGAAUCUCGUAAUCAUAUUAACGCCUGGGUAGAUAAAGCUACUUUUGGAAAGAUACCGAAAGUUAUUGAUGGCGACAUAGAUAAAUCCACUAACAUCAUUCUGGCCUCUGUUUUGUACUUUAAAGCAUUUUGGGAGACUUCGUUCUUUCCCAGAUCUACAGUCGAAGAUAAUUUCUAUCCGGAUGGUGUAAACAAUCCACCCAUUAAAGUACAAAUGAUGCCGACUGGAGGUAUAUUUCCAUUUUAUAAUGCCAAAGAAUAUGAUUGUCGGAUUAUAGGCCUUCCCUAUAAGGGCAAUGAAACUACUAUGUAUGUAAUUCAACCAAAUAAUUCGAGUCGUCAGAAAUUACGUGAAUUGCAAAAUAUUUUAAAUGCUCAUAAAAUAAAUGCUAUGAUUGAUAAUAUGGAACGCAAGACUACGGUUAUGGUAUUUCCAAAAAUGCAUUUUACCCGCAGUAUGAACAUGAAAGAUAUACUGAAAAAAAUGGAUGUACGUGAUAUAUUCAUAAAUGGUUAUAGCGAUUUGUCAUUGAUCGGUGGAAAAUUAAGUUAUGCAACACCAAAUUUUGUACCAGCUUCAGCAUUAACACAUGGACCAGCUACAGCACAGGCGCCUGUUCGAUCUCCUGCUCCUGUUCCAACCACCGCUUUUGCACCAAUAAGAUCUACUGUGUCUUUUGAAUCCAUCGAUCGUAAAAUGCCAUUUUACCCUAAGUCCUAUAUAUUAGAUAGAUAUGCUGAACCGGCCUUAGUAUUUUCCUCCAGAUUUGGUGAAACUAAUGAAUCUGGUAAUAACACUAUGUUGUCAACACAUAAUAAGACCAUGGACUCAAUGCAAAUGUCCUCCACCACCGAAAAACCUUCAACCACUGUUGGUACUAAAUCGACAAAUAAUAAACGAGAAAAACGUCAAGUUUCUGCAAAUAAUGUGAAUCCUGUAGUGGAAGCUCUACAUAAUUUAGAAGCGAAUCGCUUAAUAACCGAUACAUAUCCCUCUUCCGAUCUCUACGUAGAUGAUAUAAUACAUAAAGUUGAUUUUUCUGUUGAUGAACAGGGCACUGAAGCAGCUGCUGCCACACUUACCUAUUUACAUCGUUCAGGUACCGAUGUCGUUUUCCGUGGUGACACACCAUUCCUAAUACUCAUUCGUCAUGAUCCAACAAAAUUACCGCUAUUUUAUGGUUUAAUUAACAAACCGGAAUUGUAAACGAGUAAUUGAAUGAAUGUGUGGUAAAAACACAUUAAGAAGACUUUAUGAUUGAUUUUUUUAAUUUGUGAUGCAAAGAUAUAAUUUGUAUUUUUAUUGUAUCUAUUGUUGAUGACUAUAUUAGUAACAUUUAUUAUAAUAAUUUAAGUGUAAGAAAUACAUUUACAAACAUACUGCUUUUUUAUAUUACAAAAAUAUAUUGUGUAACUACUUUUUUAAUAAAUUUAAGUAUUUUUAAAUUACAUUUUUUAACAAAAAAAAAAUAAUUAACAUGUAUUAAAAAAAUAACAAUUUGUGUAUUUUAAUAAUUAUUAAAGAACAAUAACUUGAUGUUCAGUGAAUAACUGGUCA